CUUCAUCUUGGUAAUCCAGCGGGAUCAGCAGUGUUUCUUCAUCUUUCUCGUUGCGGCCGCUGAUCCGUCCCGUCCGAGAUGAAGUUCAACAUAGCAAAUCCGACCACUGGGUGCCAGAAAAAGCUCGAAAUUGACGAUGACCAGAAACUCCGAGCUUUCUUUGACAAGAGGAUCUCUCAAGAGGUCAGCGGAGAUGCUCUGGGAGAGGAGUUCAAGGGUUAUGUAUUUAAGAUAAUGGGAGGUUGUGACAAGCAAGGUUUUCCAAUGAAGCAGGGAGUUUUGACUCCAGGCCGUGUUCGGCUUUUGCUUCACCGAGGCACCCCUUGCUUCAGGGGAUAUGGCAGGAGAAAUGGGGAGCGCAGGAGGAAGUCCGUUCGUGGAUGCAUUGUCAGCCCUGAUCUGUCAGUCCUGAACUUGGUUAUUGUGAAGAAGGGUGAGAAUGAUUUGCCUGGACUGACUGAUGUUGAGAAGCCAAGAAUGAGAGGUCCAAAAAGGGCAUCCAAAAUUCGGAAGCUCUUUAAUCUUUCCAAGGAAGAUGAUGUUAGGAAGUACGUCAACACAUACCGCCGAACUUUCACAACCAAAUCCGGGAAGAAAGUCAGUAAAGCUCCGAAAAUACAGAGGCUGGUUACUCCCUUGACUCUUCAAAGGAAGCGAGCGAGGACUGCUGAGAAGAAGAAGAGAAUUGCGAAGGCCAAGGCUGAGGCAGCGGAGUAUCAGAAACUUCUUGCUACCCGGUUGAAGGAGCAGCGAGAGCGCAGGAGUGAGAGUUUGGCAAAGAAGAGGUCCAAACUCUCUGCCGCCUCUAAGCCAUCAGUGGCUGCCUAGGGAUAUAGUUCUCACUUUCUGGAGGCAAGAUGGUAUUGCUCAUUUAUAUUUUUGCCCAGUAAUUUUGCUGUCAUUUGUAUUGGGACUAUGGAACAAUUUUUGAAGUCGUGCUGCAAUUCUACUUAAUAUGCAUUUUGGUGUUUA